CUACCUCAUUUAUCUUAUUUAUACUACUAGUUGGUACAGGGUUUUGUUACUCUACAUCCUUUGUUUUUGUUUUUUGUUUUUCAGUUUUUCCAAAUGGCUGACAUAACUCGCUCCUCAUCAGUCUCCUCUUCUGAUAUUGAUUCUUCUGCUAAUUCAACAGAGGAAAGUGGCAAAUUAGAAUCCAAGCUUGUAUUUUCAGAAGAUGAAGAAUCCCUUAUCACUAGGAUGUUUAAUCUUGUGGGGGAGAGGUGGACUUUGAUUGCUGGGAGAAUUCCAGGAAGAACAGCAGAGGAGAUAGAGAAGUACUGGAGUACAAGAUACUCCACAAGCGAAUAGAAAGGGAUCAAUGGAAGUUGAAGAAAGGAAUUUAUAUAUAUGGUGUUUCUUCAUAUUUUAAUAUUACAUGAAAAUUUUGGAGGAACUUUUUGUACGAGGCUUUGGUGUUCCUUCAGAUAGUGGAAUCUAAUCUUGUAUGAUAUGGUUCUUGGUAUGUAAAAUCAUGUAUUGGUUGGACUUUUUCUUC